UCCUCCAUCUCAAUGGCACGAGGAAGGAUUGUCAUCUAGUGCCUCUCAUCUGCAGCUCGUACAGCUCUGACUCUCUGGGUACGCUGCGCUGCUUUUCUUCAUUUCGGCCGGAGCAUGCGAGCCACUAGUAGACACUGGGGCGCGUAGGAACGUAGGCCAGGAGCCCGACACAGGGCCAGAGCAUGGGGUGAUGAGGACUAUCCUCUGCUGACUUCAAUGCAGAUGACCAGUGAUGGCCACAGCAUCACCUCGACAUUUGCUGGAUGACAUAAUAAACACAGGACAGCAACAACAGGAACCACAGCAGCAGGAAUUCCUAAGCUCCCUGGAGACAAUCAUUCUCACCAUCUUUCUCUCCGUCAUUAUCAUCAUGACAGUGUUUGGAAACCUGCUGGUCAUGGUGGCACUCUGCAAGGACAGACAUCUGCGAAAGAAGAAGACUAACUACUUCAUUGUGUCACUGGCCUUUGCUGACUUGCUGGUUGCGGUGGUGGUGAUGCCUUUUGCUGCUAUCGAGCUGACCACCGGCCAGUGGCGGUACGGAGAGAUCUUCUGCCUGAUCCGAACGUCUCUGGAUGUCCAGCUGACUACAGCAUCUAUCCUGCACCUUUGUUGCAUUGCACUGGACAGGUAUUACGCUAUCUGCUGCCAGCCACUGGUCUACAGACAUAAGAUGACCCCUGUCAGAGUGGCGGUGAUGCUCAGUGGCUGCUGGCUCAUCCCCACAUUCAUCUCCUUCCUACCCAUCAUGCAAAGCUGGAACGCCAUCGGCAUUGAGGACAUUAUUGAGGAGAGGCGAGCCUUGGCAGGAGGCGCCAAUGACACCAGCUGUGUGUUUCUGGUCAACCGGCCGUAUGCCCUGAUCUGUUCUACGGUAGCCUUCUAUGUCCCAUUAGCCCUCAUGGUCCUGGCCUACCAGCGUAUCUAUGUCACUGCUAUGACCCACGUGCGGCAGAUUGAGACAUUGCAGCGGGCCGGCUCCGCUCCCGUCACCGGGACAACUCCGAUGAUCACCGUGAGGUCAUCCACUUCCUCGGAUCCAUUGGAACACUACCGCCUCAGGACAACCACAGGCUUCUCUUCCUCAGAACAGGCUCCUGUAGCAAACAGCCGCAUGCGCGUUGAGACUAAGGCGGCAAAGACCCUGGCAGUUAUAAUGGGUUGUUUCUGCCUAUGUUGGGCACCAUUCUUCAUCACCAAUGUGGUGGACCCAUUCAUCCAUUAUUCAGUGCCCUGGCAGCUGUGGACAGCCUGGCUGUGGCUGGGGUACAUUAACUCAGGGUUGAACCCCUUCCUUUACGCCUUUCUGAACCGGGCAUUUCGGAGGGCAUUUCUGGUAAUUCUAUGCUGUGGGGAUGAGCGAUACGCACGGCAGGGUAGUUACUCCUACGGACAUACCCACAGAGUGUGCUCGGCUGCGUCGGUCAACGGGACAUCUAUGGCACUGAGAUUGUCCUUCUUGCCAAACCGGAGCUACAGCGACAAUGGACAGACGAUACUGCCCAAAGAUCAGGAGUCUCAGGACUCUCUUGGACCACUAUGAGGAUGACUGGACAGACAUGUGACACCGUCAGCUGAUGUAGGGGACCUCUAAGUUGAUUUAGAGACGAGGACUUCAUGGCCUGUGUGAUCUCGACAGUCUACUGUGACCUGAUCUGAACUGUUUGUGAGACCUUGUCUUAGAUAUUCGCUCUAUGAUCCAGCAUUGUGGUUGGCAUUUUUCCAUAUAUGUUGAUGCUGUCCUGGGUAAUUUAAGGUUAGAGACACUACUGCUGGGUGUCAUACAAGUGCAGAAAGGCAACUCUAAUGCUCCGUGUUUGCAAAUGAGAAAAACGAAGCAUAUUUGUGCAGAAUUAAAGUACCGGUUGUAGAGCACUUCUCUCUGUGGACUGAAACAUGCUGCCAAUAUGUUGCCAGUUCUCUCCUUGUUCUAAAACCCUGUUCUUCUCAAUUGAGUAUCUGGAUCACUGGAUGUGAAAAUGAAGUCAAUAGUCCAGUGCCACAGAUUUCAGAAAACUACAGAAUAAUGGAAAGAGGGAGAGGCCUCUUCUAUUUUUUAACCUCUAUGAAGGCAUUCAUAAAAGUGCCAUCUUUUGGUACCAUGUUGUGAAGGACAAACAAGCUACAACAGAGCUAACCGCCAGGUGGUUGCACAUGUGACUGCAGAUUUUAUCAGAAUUUCAUUUUAUUGUAAAGUUUGUAUUCUUGCCUUUUGCCAGCAUCAGUGGCACUCUGAAAAUGCUGGAUGUUACGUCAGUGUGGACAUGUUUAUUAUGUUGCUUUCAAUUUUGGAACACCAAAGUCCAAGGGUGUGAAAUUAAAAGUUGGGAAGUUUGAGAUGUAAUACAGCAUCAUAAAAACUCUUCCAUCAUUCACCAUUGUGAUGUAACACUUAAAAGCCCAUUAAAUACUGUUGCACUUAUGUCUGUGCUCUGACAUCUGUUGUAUCUCUGACCACACCCAGCAGUGAUGACAUGUUUUUUUUGUUUUUGUUU